AUAGUCGGGGAUACCGCGCCUGUCUGCCGGUUGCUUGCGCGGAUACCCUGCAAGACCGCUCACUUUUAUCACAACGCGUAAAAUACGUUCUAAAAAAUAAAUGAUCAACAGAAAGUGCUAAGCUAUCAAAACGAUGUUGAUUUCUAAUUGUGAUGUACCUGUAAACAGUUUAUAAACAUUUUCGCGAGUUACGAAGUUUGAGAUAAUGAUAACAACCAUGACGUCAUUCAUAUUGUUGAAGACAAACUCUUUUUUGUUGAGUAUGAACAAAGAAGAUAACGUGAACUGGUUUCAUGGGAAGAUUUCUCGAGAAACUGCUGAGAGGCUGCUAAAAGAAGAGGGUGAAGAUGGUGUUUUCUUGGUACGUGAAAGUAACACAUCGCCAGGGGACUACGUCCUUUCGGUCUUACAUCAAGGUGAGGUAGUGCAUUACCAGAUACGGAGGCACGGUGAAGAUGCAUUCUUCUCAAUAGAGGAACACACAACAGUGCACGGACUAGACACCCUGAUCCAGCACUACCGCACAGACUCCAAUGGCCUGGUGACACCGUUGUCAGGAGUGUGCAAAGGACAGCCACCCCCGCACGAGUCUCGCACACAGGGGACUACUAACUUAUUACACAGAGCAACCCACGCCGGCGAGCUCAACAUAGUCUCCCACAUCCUGGCGCGCGGGCACUACCAGGGUCGCGACGCUAAGAACCAGGACGGGCAGACGGCGGUCCACAUCGCGGCCAAGGCGGGACACGACAAGAUCUUGGAGAAGCUCAUCGACAGUGGCGCCACUGUUAAUGUGCGGGACUCGUUUGGGUAUACGCCUUUGCAUUACACAUGUCAGAACAAUCUCCCGAGUACCACAGAAUUGCUGGUCACUAGAGGGCACGCCAACUACCAGAUGCGGCACGCGCCCACUGGACAAGUGCCGCUGCACGACGCCGCCAUGAGGGGACAUAUUGACUGUAUUAAGGUUUUAUUAAAGUUACGAGCACCCUCACACCCCCGGACCCUGGCUAAAGACACUCCGGCCGACCUCGCCAAGCAUUAUGGACACAUGGACUGCUAUCAGUUGCUGAAGAACUACAAACCCGACCAGCCAACCACAACCAAAUCCCAAUGGUACCACGGCACACUGAACCGCGACGAAGCUCUCAAAACUCUAGAAGAGUACUGCCGACAACACAACAUCACCGACAGAGCUACUGACGGGGUGUUUCUGGUGCGGUACAGUGAACGACAUCGGCACCCUUAUGUGCUGACCAUGCUGAGUGCCAAUACGCCGUAUAACUUUAUUAUUAGGAGUGAGAACGAAUGGCUAUUCAUAGACGACGGUCCUCUGCUGGAGUCAUUAGAACGUCUGAUAGAGCACUACAGCGCGGUGCCGGACGGGCUGCCCACGCGCCUCGCCACGCCCGUGCCGCCCAAGACCAAGCCGCCUCUACCCGACUUCUCAACAAUGCCGCGAAACAAGAAAAAGAAGCUAAAACUGACCAAAGCCGACACUCCCGACUCGCAGCUAACGUCACCCUCCUCAGUGACCAAUAACAACGCGUUUGACCUCUUGACUCGCAACCUCUCAUUCUCGUCUGACUUCAGUAUGAAUGACACUCUGAACAAUAAUGACGGCGUAUCGGGAUUGGACGACGGAGAGACGUAUAAAGUUCCUAUGAAGAAUACCGCUGUUGUGUCAUUGGCGGAGAAUUAUAAUGAAAUCUCGAUUAACUCGGACGGACAGCUUUCUACGCUGCAAGAAUUCAUCCCAAUGAGCGAGCUAACGUUAGGCCCUCUCCUCGGCGAGGGUGAAUUCGGUUCAGUGCUCCGCGCCACCUACACGCCGCCCAACCAGACGCCGGUGCAGGUGGCAGUAAAAACGUUGCACGUACAACACAUGGACACGAACAAGCGCGAGUUCCUGUCGGAGGCCAAGCUGAUGAUGUCGCUGCGGCACCGCUGCAUAGUGAGGCUCAUUGGCGUUUCAUUGGGUCCACCAUUAGCCAUGGUGCAAGAGCUAGUCGGCCUAGGCUCUUUGCUCUCCCAGCUAGUCUCAGGAACUUGCACCCAGAGCGAGGUGCGGCUGUGGGCGCGCCAGGUGGCUGAAGGCAUGGACUACCUGGAGCGUUGCCGCUUCGUGCACAGAGACCUCGCCGCCAGGAACAUACUGCUGCACACCAGGAGCCAAGCCAAAAUCAGCGACUUCGGCCUCUCCCGCGCCGUCUCCACCGACAGUUCGUACUACAAGGCGAGCCGCGGCGGCAAGUGGCCCAUCAAGUGGUACGCGCCGGAGUCCUACAACUACGGCACCUUCUCGCACGCGAGUGACGUUUGGAGCUACGGGGUCACGCUGUGGGAGAUGUGGAGCGGCGGGAAACAGCCGUACGGGGAGAUUAGAGGUGUUGAGGCGAUACAGCUAGUAGAGAACGGGCAACGCCUAGAGAAGCCCGACGACUGUCCGGAAGAGAUCUACGACAUAAUGCUCGAGUGCUGGGCGUACAGCCCCGAGGCUCGACCCACGUUCGCGCGCCUCGUGGCCGCGUUCACGCAACACGCGGAUUAUGAGAAUAUCAGCCAGCUGGUGCACGAGUGUGAUGAUGUGCAUGUGUAGCUGUUUGGUUAAGGUUGGCUAUAGUAUGUUGCAUGUAUUCACGAUUUGCAUGUAUUUUAUAUAAGAAUGCCGGCCCACGGCGGGCACAUUUG